UGAAAAGCUUCGAGCAAACUCUCAAGACAUUACUGAGGAAAAUAGAAGACCUGGCCAAUGUCUUCACCACGAAAAUGGCGCUUUAUGAAGAGCAUACACAACAUAUGACUGAGAUCUUAACUGCCCAUGUGACACAGUGCACAGAAGACACUCAAGGUAACCUAAGUCCAUCUCUACACUUAAUUGCAUCACACUCAUGUUUUUUGCGAUUUUUUAGUAAUACAAUGUCCAUGGGUGAUAUAUUGCUCCUCAGCCUGACACCAAGCAGUGUUACCCACUGUAUUAACAUGAACUUAUCCACACGUGAACAAGCUUCCUCUUCUAAACGCUCUAGAACCAUCACUCGUAGCAACUUCACUUUCUUGAAACUUUACUUCUGGCACUUUAGCAGAUAUAUAUGA